AUGCUCUGCUCUCCUGGCUUCAGUUCAACAGGUCCGAGGCCAGGCAGAGAGCCUGGGAGAGGUGUUGGGGUCCUGGCCACUGUCAGCUCCCCGCAAGGAGAGAGGAGCAGCCAGCCUGCUCUUGAGAUUCCCAGUGCAUGUCCUUGGGAACAGGCUGAUGGCAGCAGCGCCACGGCACUCAGUGCCCUGUGUUCCCAAAGCCGACCUGACAGACAGGGAACACGUUCAGAGACCAGCCUCUGCAGCCCUUUAAAAACUGUCUUUUUCUCUCUCAGGUCCAGGCAUGUGCCAACAUCACCCUUGGAUUUUGCAUUCCCUGGGGUAUUUCUUCCUAAUUAUUCUGCUCUUCCUCUCCACUGGAAAGUUCCGGCCUCUGCAUCCUUUCACUUGGACAAUAACUUCUAA